CAUUUAAAUUCAACAAGGUUUUCUCUGCAUGAAAUUCUUAUUGGCAAAAGAUUGUCUUAAUAUUCACUUUUAAAGAUGAUAGGAAAACUGUUAUUCGCUUUCAUACUAAUCGUCGCAGCUUUGUUCCCAGCCAUCAAAACCGAGCGAAAACUGACUACUUGGGGCUUCAUAAAGUGUUUUACGAUAUGUCGUAAAUCUGAAAUAGACCGAAUUUGUGCAUAUAGUUAUGGUAGCUUCGUGACUUUCGGUAGAAAGACAUACGAAUGCCUCAAAAGACACUGUGGAAGAGGUGGGAAAUACUUACAUGACGGACCAUGUAAUACUCAAUCUAUAUAUGUAUUGCAAAAUUCUGCAUCUUCAGCGCCGAGAAAUGAGGGUUCAUUAGUCGCGAUGGCCGCUUAAUAAUACUUAUAAAUUUUGAUACUUUAUCAUACAUACCAGGUGGACCAUUUUAAUUGACGUUCGCAAAUAUCUCUGUUGGUAAGCUAGAUACGAAAAAAAAUUGUGAACAAAACUUGUUCAGGGCAAUGUGGGCCAUCUGACUGUACUAAUAACUGUGACCUUGAGGUCAAUUUUCAAGGUUAUUUAAAGGUUAAAGUCAGUUUUUCAAAUAAGAAACACCAAUUUUUGACACCGGAUUCGAAAAGAGCAGAAAAUUUUACGUCAGAAAAAUAGCUAUUAAUUUGUUAGAAUGAUCAUCAGAAGGUCGAGGUUAAAUGUUCAUAUGGUAAAGGCCGUUGGCCCCAAGG